AUGAAGGUUGAUCUCAGCAAGGCUUAUGACUCCAUUGAUUGGCAUUGUUUAGAGGCGAUUCUUACUGGUUUUUGUUUCCUGAAGCAGUUUAUUAACUGGAUUAUGGUGUGUUUAAGAGAUGCUUCUUAUUCUAUUUUGAUUAAUGGUAGAGUUCAGGGCUGUUUUACGGGUAGGAGGGGGCUGAAGAAAGGGGAUCCAAUUUCCCCUCUCUUAUUUUUUCUAGUUAUGGAGUUCUUCACUAGGAUUCUCAUUCGAGCCACUCAAAACAGAGACUUUAAGUUUCACCCUCGGUGCAGGAGAUUGAAUCUGGUGAGCCUUUGUUUUGCGGACGAUCUUGUGAUAUUUUGCAAAGGGCAUAGUACUUCAGUUCAGAUUAUAAAGCAGUGUUUUAAAGAAUUCAGUGAGGUUUCUGGUUUGAUAGCUAACUUGGACAAGUCUAGAGUUUACUUUGGGGGUUUAAUAGAGGUAGAGACCAGGGAUAUUCUAAGGGAUUUGCACUUUGCUGAAGGUGAUUUCCCCUUAAAGUAUCUAGGUGUUCCGCUGAGGCCUACAAAGUGGAGGGCAGGGGAUUGCGCUGCUAUUAUUCAAAAAAUUCAGUUGAAGCUUUUCCAUUGGUCUAAUCGGCAUCUCUCAUAUGCUGGAAAAGCUCAGCUCAUUCACUCUGUUCUUUUGGGAAUUAGAUCAUUUUGGAUGAGUAUUUUUCUCCUCCCUAAGAGUGUAAUUAGUGAGAUUGAUAGCUUGUGCAGGAGAUUUCUGUGGGGGACCAGCAGAGGGAAUGAUAACAGAAGUAAACUUCACCUCACAGCUUGGAACCAAGUGUGCCUGCCUAAAUGUUUGGGGGGUAUCGGGUUCAAGGAAGGGGCCAAAUGGAAUAUGGUUCUUCUUGCUAAGUAUAUGUGGGCUGUGUCUACUAAACAAGAUAUUCAUUGGGUUAAAUGGAUUGAUUCUGUUUAUCUUAAAGGGAAAUCUUUUUGGGAGUACAAUCUUCAAUCUGACGUGAGCUGGUAUUGGCGUAAGCUAAUCAAAAUGAGGGCUUUCAUAAACAGGGAGAUGUUAGAUAAAGCUGUAGUUAAUAGCAAAUUUAAAACCAGCAAGCUGUAUUUUCAGCUAAUAAAUAGGGAAAAGGUUCCUUUGGCUUCUGUUAUUUGGUGUAACUUGUCCUUGCCUAAACACAGGUUUAUUCUUUGGCAAACUUCCUUGAAGCAUCUAUUAACCAGGGACAAUUUAUUGAAAUGCCAUUUGCAGCUGACUUCUUACCUUUGUCCAAUUUGUGAAGUGCAGCAGGAGUGUCAUGAGCAUUUAUUUUUUCAAUGUCAGUUUGCUCAUCAAGUGAGGAAAGGUGUGGCUCGCUGGCUGGGAAGUAUGAUUUGGCCUGAAGGUUUCCAUGAUUGGAUUAGGUGGAUGGAGGGGAAGCCGAAGAGUCUUCAGCAGAAGAUUGUUGCUGCUGGUUUAGCCGCUUCUGUGUAUCUGGUUUGGUGGAAUAGAAACCAGUGUUUUUUUAACUCCUUUUCUGUUUCUGUUUGCAAGGCUGUUUCUCUGGUUCAAGAUUGUAUUAAGGCUAGAGUUUCUAGUUUGUCUAAGGAUAAGAUGAAGAGCUCUGACAUUGUUUUUCUUAGAAGCCUGAAUCUGUUGUAA